AUGUCUUCUGAGAAACCCGACUUCACUAAAGCCCUUUGGCCUAGUACUGGUCCUUCGCCGCAGCCGCCUUCUGAGAAUGGUCCCCCGUUUCCAACUCUUAAGAAGUGUGCUGGAAAAGAUAGGAAGAAAAAUGGGAAGAAGAAAGGGAACGAGUGA